AUGGCACAACAGUCCUUAUCACCAAUCAAAUCACGCCACGUGGCAGUCAUUGGAGCUGGAGCCACCGGUCUAGUGACGGCGAGAGAGCUCCGACGGGAAGGUCACUCGGUGGUUGUCUUCGAGAGGCAGAAUCAAGUCGGAGGAACUUGGAUCUACACCGAUCAUGUCGAACCGGAUCCGUUAAGCGUUGACCCGACCCGACCCAUCGUCUACUCGAGCGUCUAUAGCUCUCUUCGAACUAACUAUCGGGCCUGGACCUGCGGCCUAAUAGACUUUGAAGGUCAAAGUCUGCAGCCCGCAAACAGUAAAGGCCCAACUCGAACAGUAACCACGGUCUGGUUAAGCCUGAGUCAGAUUCAGUAA